AUGCCAGCAAUCCAGUUCUCUUUUUGUGUUGACCAGGCGGACUCCCUGGAGCAGUCGACCGAUGUGCUGGAGGUGCCUGAUGUGUCUGGAGUCCCUGGGUGCUACCUGGAUCUCAGGCUACUUUUAGCAAUUGCGGAGGUCCUGGCAGUUAAGGUGGCACUUGAGGACUGGCGACACUGGCAGCUCCACACUCCCACCAACCUCCUCCUCCUCUCUCUGGCCGUCUCUGACUUCCUUGUAGGCCUCCUGCUGAUGCCGUAUAGAAUCCUCCUGAUAGGAAGCUGCUGGUUUUUAGGGAAGUUCAUGUGUGUUUUUUUUCAAUAUGCGUCCUUCAUCAUCACAUCAUCGUCUGUGGGAAACAUGGUGCUGAUAUCAGUGGACCGAUACGUGGCCAUUCAUGACCCUUUGACUUACACCACUAUGGUCACACAGAGAAGAGUUCGAGUGUGUGUGUGUGUGUGUUGGGCCUGCUCUGUCUCCUAUAAUGGUGUAAUGCUAAAAGACUUCCUCAUGCACCCAGACGCAUAUAACUCCUGCUAUGGGGAGUGUGUACUUGUAACUAAUUACAUCACAGGAGCAGUAGACAUCGUGUUGACAUUUAUUGGUCCCAUCACAGUCAUCAUUGUUCUGUAUAUGAGAGUCUUUGUCGUUGCUGUGUCUCAGGCUCGAGCCAUGAGGUCUCAGAUCGUGUCGCUCCAGGGUUCGAUUUGUGUAGUUGCUCAGAAGUCAGAGAGGAAAGCAGCUAAGACUCUGGGAGUGGUAGUGGUUGUGUUCCUGGUCUGUUUCUGUCCGUACUUCUACCCGUCUCUUAUAGGUCAGGAUACAUCAGGCAAUGUGGCAUUUUCUGUUUUUGGUGUGUGGCUGCUUUACUGUAACUCCUGUCUGAAUCCAGUCAUUUAUGCUUAUUUCUACCCCUGGUUCAGAAAAUCAUUACAGCUCAUUGUUACUCUGCAGAUACUGCAGCCUGGCUCCUGUGACGCCAACAUGCUGUAGACAUGCUUAUAAUAACAAGCUCAACAAGGGAGCUAAAACAAGGGAUUUCAGAAAGACUUCACACAGAUUAUGAUCAUUAUUAUUAUGUAAAGUGUUUAUGAGAGUUAUUUUAUACAAUUAAAAAUGACACAAGCAUCGUCUAUAUAAACAAAUAUGUUUGAGUUUUCUUAUAUGCUGUUGCUUUUUUCAAGACAUGAUGCUUUGACACAUGAAAACAGUGAAAACCUUAUAAAUUAAACAUCCUUUGGUUUAAAGGCCUUUAACAAAUUGGGAGCAAAGCAUCAGCUGGAUGUGGACACAUAUUGUAGCACAUGUACUGGUUUGUGGUACACAUACUGUAGUA